AAGAGGGAAAGCCUACCGCUACAAAGAAACCAACCCCCUGCGGAACUCUUUUCUCCCCCACAUUUGCCUACAAAUAUGGCAAGUCUUUGUUAACUUUCACACGACUACUUCUUCUUCUUCCUUAGCCGCUGGCUUUUUCAAUCCUAUGUCGGUUUCUUUUUGAAAUCUGGAAGAUCCGUUUGUGGACUUUAAUGCCAAUUUGAAAUAUAAUUAUUUCUUGAUUGCAGAAACUCCAUUAAACCCCAUCCCCCAUUCUUCUGCCAAAAAAGUCACCGAGAAUAUCUAAUUUCUAUAUUCCCAAGGCAAUAUGCAAUGGCUUUAGUUGUUUAAACAAUCAGAUUCUGAUGUUUUAAGGUGGAACCUUGAACUCUACAGGUUUCAAGUUCUGAGGUUGAACCUUCAAUCUCAAUGGGGGAAGCUCCAGCUUUUGUUGCAGAAAAUGGGGUUGGAGAUCGUGACAGUGCAGUUUAUAUAAAAUCUAAGGAAAACAAAAUAGCCAUUGAUAUUGGCAGCAAAACAUAUGUGCUUAGUGGUGUUGCUGAUCAUGAACCAAUGUCAACAAUUGAAGUUCAGAUUUAUGAAAAUUCCAUUGGAAAGUGGAUAAACUCAGCUGUUAUGGGAACCACCCCCAAGGCAUCUAAUAAGGGCUUCUCAGCGUUCCUUUUAAAUGGUGAAAGGAUAUUGGUUAUCAUGAAGAAUUCAACCCUCUCUGACCGCUUUUGGUUUCUUGAGGUGAAUACCCCUUUUGUUAGAGAACAGCAGAAGAACUUUGAAACACAAGUGGUAGCCUGGAGCAAAGGAGUAUUAGGUCAUGCUGAGAGGCCAAUUGUUAUCAGUGGUCCUUCUGGAGUGGGGAAGGGAACAUUGAUAUCCAAAUUAAUGGAAGAAUUUCCAUCCAUGUUUGGAUUUUCUGUUAGUCAUACUACCAGGGCACCUAGAGUGAAGGAACAAGAUGGUGUUCAUUACCAUUUUUCUGAACGAAGUAAAAUGGAGGAAGAGAUAAGGGAUGCGAAGUUUCUUGAGUAUGCCACUGUUCAUGGGAAUCUAUACGGAACUAGUGUAGAAGCUGUUGAAGUGGUUGCUGAUUCUGGAAAGAGAUGCAUACUUGACAUUGAUGUUCAAGGAGCAAAGUCUGUGAGGGCUAGUUCUCUUGAAGCCAUUUUCAUAUUUAUCACCCCCCCUUCAUUUGAAAAGCUUGAGCAGCGCCUUCGGGCAAGGGGAACCGAGACCGAAGAACAGAUCCAAAAGCGUCUCCGGAAUGCUAAGGAAGAGCUUGAGAAAGGGAAAUCCCCCGGCCUCUUUGAUCAUAUAUUGGUCAACGAUGACCUUGAGAUUUGCUAUCAGUCCCUCAAGGCUAUACUGGGACUUGGUGAAGGCCUCAAGAACCCAGAUAAAACGAGUCCAAAAUUAGUUGACUUGCCCAUGGAGAGUCAUGCGUCAAUUGUUGAUCAGAAGAAGAUACUGAUAAACUGCGAUCUUGCAGAAAAGGAAAGCACCGUGUGUAAAAGGUUUAUUUUGGACUUGUCACUGCUCAAGGGCGGAGCACCAGGACGAACAAGAGGACUAAACCUUCACGUCAUUGAUUCCCCCUUCUACAGAUGAUGAACUACCCUCCUAGUCAAGCUAACCUUUGCAAGACUGGAACUGAAACCUUAAUCAGUUUUUGGGUUUUUAGUUUUUUUUUUUCCAGUGACCAUAAUCAAUAGAGAGAGAAAAGAUAGGGGUUUAGCGGGAUUCUUAUUAGGGAUAGCCUCGGACCGGGUGAACUGGAACCGGCCUGAACCGGCACUGUUCCGGCCCGGACUGGCCCGGUCCACGGUUCGUUGACCGGUUCGGGCCAACUGGCCCGGCACUGUACAGGGGCGGUUCACGGGCCUUGCUUUUGAUGAUUAUUCUUUUUCUUUAAAAAUAUAUACGGAAUGGGCUCAGAGUUGUCGGCCCAAAUUUGAC